AACCCUUGUUUUUUUAUCAUUUGGUAUUAGAGCAAGAUUCCUUUUUCAAUUGCCUUCAAAAUAAAUGGCCACAAACAACAAUUUGGGAAGUGUUUCGCAGCCAACCAUUCCACUCUUUAAGGGAAAAGCUGCACUCUCAGCAAAGGCACUCAAGGACACAAAGAAGAAGGAUGCUAAGGCAUUGUUUUUCAUCCAGCAGGGAGUGGAUGAUACUAUCUUUCCACGCAUCUCAGCAGCAACAAAGUCAAAAGAUGCAUGGGACACUUUGCAGAGAGGAUACCAAGGCAAUGCCAAGGUGCUUACGGUGAAGUUACAGACAGUUUGUAGAAGGUAUGAAGGUAUGGUCAUGAAAGAAUGUGAGAACUUAUUUGAUUUCUUUACCCAAAGGAUAGAAAUUGUCAAUCAAAUGAGAAAAUACGGUGAUGAUGUGCCCGAGCAAAAGGUGGUUGAAAAAAUUGUUAGGAGCUUGCCUAAGAAAUAUGACCAUAUUGUGGCUGCCAUAGAAGAGUCAAAGGAUUUAGCUGUGUUAACAACAGAUGAGCUACUCGGUUCUCUUUUUUCUCAUGAAGACAGAAUGAAGAGGUACAAGGAUCUUGUGGAGAAUGCUUUCUACAACAAGCUACAGCUGCCCAAAAACAAAUAUGGAGGGAGCUCUUCAAAGUUUAGUAACAGAGGUGGAUUCAAUAGAGGACAAGGUGCAAUCCGAGGUGGAAGAAGAGGUCGUGGAGGUCGAUUUGGUAGCAUUAGGCAUCCACAGAGAGCCAAUGAAAGAAGUGACUACCAGAGUUCAAUUCAAUGCUUUGUUUGUAAGAGGUAUGGCCAUAUUGCUAAAGAUUGUAGAAUUAAAGAUAAGCAAGCCAAUUUUGCACAAGAAAAGGAUGAUGAAACUGAAAGCUUAUUUCUUGCUUGCUACACUGCUAAAGAAAGUGUUCCAGAUGUUUGGUAUGUGGACAGUGGCUGCAGUAAUCACAUGACAGGAAACAUUAAUCUCUUCAUCAACCUGGACAAGUCAGUGAGCAAAAAGAUAACCAUGGGUGAUGGUACCAUACGAGAAGCACAAGGAAAAGGUAUAGUUAAAUUGGAUGAAUAUGGCAAGAAUUGUAUUGAUGAUGUUUUGUUCAUACCUCAUUUGGAUUCUAAUUUGCUAAGUGUGGGUCAGUUUAUGAUGGCUGGAAAUUCACUUGUUUUUGAAAAUAUGGCUUGCUAUGUUUACAAAGAUGGAAUUGAAAAGGAGCUUUUAAUUAAAGUUCCAAUGGCAAAAAAACAAGUAUACGGGCACUUGAAUUUCCAAGGGUUGGUACUUUUGUCAAAACAGAAUUUAGUGCAUGGUUUGCCUAUCAUUAAACAAGUUGAUCGUGUGUGUGAAAGCUAUGUUUAUGGCAAACAGCAUCUAGAUGCUUUUCCCAAAGGAAAGGCGAGAAGAGCUUUGAAACCUGCUGAGUUGAUACAUGUAGAUGUUUGUGGGCCAAUGAAUGCUUUGUCUCUCAACAAAAGCAGCUAUUUUAUUGUCUUUGUUGAUGAUUUUAGUAGACUGACAUGGGUUUACUUUGCCAAAGAAAAGUCAGAUGCCUUCCCAAUCUUUAAAAAAUUCAAAGCACUUGUUAAAAAACAAGUGGAUGUUCAAUCAAAGUUCUGCAGACAGAUCAAGGCAGAAGCAAUCAACACUACAGCUUAUAUUCAGAAUCGUAGUCUCACAGCAGCUUUGCAUCAUCAAACUCCUUUCAAAGCUUGGCAUGGCUGGAAGCCCAAGGUAACUCACUUUAAAGUUUUUGGGUGUCUAGCUUAUGUUCAUGUUCCAUCUCAAAAAAGGACAAAAUUUGAGGAAAACAGUGUGAAGUGCAUUUUUCUUGGUUAUAGUGAUGAAACUAAAGGUUAUAGAUUUUCUGAUCCUAUCACCAAGAAGUUACUAAUCAGUUGUGAUGUGAUUUUUGAUGAGAAAAAUUCAUGGAAUUGGAAUGAAAAGAAAAGUCCAGGUUCUGUGGUGGUUGAUGGCAUUUUGGAGGAUGAUCCAGUCAUGACUGAAGGUGAAAUGGGUGAAGGUCAAAUUUCCUCUACACCUAACAAUGGCAGCAGAUCGUGUCCAUCCUCACCUGAGACACCUCCACCCCCAAGGGAGGCAAGGAAAGUAAAAUCCUUGGUGGAACUCUAUGAACAAACUCAAAGGUGUCAAAUGGCACAUGUGGAGGAGCCUAGUUGUUUUGAGGAAGCAACGCAGAACAGAAAAUGGUGCAAAGCUAUGGAUGAAGAAAUAAAGGCCUUGGAAAGAAAUCAAACAUGGGAACUUGUGGACUUGCCUAAAGACAACAAAGUUGUAAGUCUAAAGUGGGUAUACAAGACCAAGUACAAUUCUGAUGGGUCAAUUCAUAAACACAAGGUUAGAUUUGUUGCUAGAGGUUACAUGCAGCAAGAAGGUGUGGAUUUUGAUGAGACUUUUGCACUAGUUGCUAGGUUGGAAGACUACAACUCAAUGAGCACUCCAAUGGUUUCUAAUGAGAAGUUUAGUUUGAAUGAUGGAGAAGAAAAGGUUGAUGUUCCUACCUAUCAGUCCAAGCAAAACACAUUAUGGAGCAACGAGGAGGAUUCUAAGAGACUUGAAAUGGACAAUCUCUUUUGGCAUUUUAUAUGCCAAAAAUGACCAAUUUAAUUUAUUUGGGUACUCUGACAGUGAUUGGGCAGGUUGUGUUGAUGUCCGGCGUAGUACUUCAGGUUAUACUUUCUUUUUGGGGUCCGGUGCUAUCUCUUGGAGUUCAAAGAAGCAAUCCUCUAUAGCUUUGUCAUCUUCAAAAGUAGAAUAUAUCUUCUUAAUAGCA